AUGGAUACCGGAACUCCGAGGCUUCGUGAGAUUGUUCCAGCGUGCUUGUUUGCUGGUAUGGGAAUGGUAUUUGCAGGAACGUACUUGGAUAAGGUGAAGAGAACACAAGCCGGACAGUUUGACCCUCAGCUGUUGGCAAUUAUCCCUCCGCUUAUAGGACUUAAGGGCAACCUUGAGGUGACGUUGUCUUCACGUCUCGCCACGCUGAUGCAAGGUGUGUCAGCUGCCAUCGUGAUUUCCACCCUUUGUGUGAUUAUGUAUUCACCGACGGAAUACAAGUUUGCAAAUCUGUUACAUUUAACCGCAGUGUCUGUGAUAACAUGUGCACUGGCUCUUUGCACAUUAAGUUUUCUCGUCUUCGCACUGAUCGUGUGCUGUAUGUAUCUUGGUACGGAUCCGGAUAACGUGGCACCACCGAUGGCCGCUGCAUUUGGUGAUCUCGGAACGGUUACUUUAUUACUGUGGGCGAACUACUAUUCCACAGAAUUUCCAGAUGGAGCUCAGAUACUAGCUUUCGUCAUUGUACUUGCGGUUUUCUUCUUUGGCCCAUUUCUUUUAAAAUGUGACGAAACGAUGAACACACCAGCUGAACUCCGAGGUCUUUUGAUCAAUCGAAACACGCUUAUGGGUUCCAUCAUGCCACUCCUUAGUGGCCAAGUGCUGGCUCACUUCGAUCAACGCUUGAAAAACUUGGCCCGCUUACAAAUCGCUAUCAAUGGUGUUGGGGGCUGUUUUGGAUCGAUUGUAGUCAGCCGAAUGAUUACCCGAAUCCAUGCCGCCCGCAAACGGCCACUUUCGCCUCCCUGGUCCCGUAAGCCUUCGAAUGAAGUGGAUCAGAACCAACACGAGCACUACACGAGUCCGGAGUGCUCCUCCGAUGUUCCACACAACAGCGAGACCAACUCUUCUCCGUUUAUCUCUUCUUUACCUUGUAACUGUUGGCAUUUGAUAUCAACUGAACAUGACUACAACGUACCCAAUUCACAACAACGGCAAUUGGAAUUAGACGUGGAAUCCGAUUCACGCCGUGCAUCUCGGCUUAUACUAUUCUGCUGUUUACCCAUUCAUUUGAUCCUUGCUAUGGUUAGUUUGAUGCUGCAUAAAAUGCUGGAAUCGGAAGAUGCUCACGAAACCCUUCCACUGAGUACAAUUGUCGCGUACCUUUCAGCUGGGUUCCUGCAGGUCUUCAUCGUUUUGCAUUUUGCCACUUGGAUUGUGGUCACAUGUUGGCGCCACCUAACUUCACCGCGGUCCGGUGCAUCUUGCCUAUGUGCUUCCCAUACAACGGAUCCCCACCCCUCGCUCGCCUCGCUAGACCUGGCCGCAAUUGCCCUCACGACUAGCUUAGGUGACCUUAUUGGUUCAGUCCUACUUGCCACCAGCAUGCAUUUGUCUCAGACUAUGCUACAUUGAUAUUGUAGUGGCCCAUCACAGUUGUCUUUCUAUGGUUUUCCCUCUCAUACCGUGAUUCUGCUCUCCGUAUGACUUAUUUUUUGUUCAGUUUUUCACUCAGUGUCAUUAAAAUGGUUCGGUUGCA